AUGUAUCGGAAGUUGUCUAAGUUAGAACACUCGGAAAUAAAACAACUUCUUACAGAAGCUAAUAUAGAUGUUGCAAAGCAUUACGCAACAAACAAAAAGGCACUCGCUGACAUCCUCAAUGACUAUAAUGGUGCAAUAAGUUAUGAUAGAAUUCAUGAGUUCAUAAAGCCGCAACGCGGCGAGGACGAAGUCCAUGCAAUAGCAUUUCCUUUAAAUGACGUUGCUAUUGACUUAUAUCAUAGACGUUCAGUACCUCAUGAAGUAAGAAGAGAAAUGUUUGACAUAACAAAUGCAAACGUUGGUGAAACAAGAAGAAGAGACGACACACUGAAACAACAGAGAAGAGAGAUGUUUAAAAGUGCUAUAGAACAAGUUCGUAAAGCUAACGAUGUCAUUCGUUCCAUUGACGACAAACCAAAAGAAGGUGAGAGAUGGUUAAAGAAAGAUGAAGAG